CAGAGGGCAGCCUGGCCCAGCCCCGAGAUCGCGCGUGUACACUUCUCCUUCGUCCUUCCCCGCCCCUGUCUGUUUUCGACGUCGCCCCUUUCGCUUCGGAAGCGUGAUCAGUGCAGGACGGAGCGGGAGCAGGAGAGCGGCGGUGGCCGCAGAGCUAGUGUGAACACAACUCGUAUCGACGGUUGCCGCUGCUGGCAUGAUGAUGGUCCGCAUCAGCCUGUUUCGGUUCGAGUGCUGGUCCAAAGAGUGACCAUCGACGAAACCGUCCCCAGGUCGUGUCAGUCAGACCCCCAUAAGUGAGAACAUCGAUCGGCGUGGGCGUACACGGAUGUCCUCUUGAUGGGAGAAGUCGGCGGCGAGAAGGUCUUGCCCCUCGGCUGCCGCUUCUCACGCAGUGCAAGUAGUGCCCGCGACAGUCGAUGUCCUCGCCUGCGGGGCCCCGGCUCGUGCACGGGAGCGGCCGGCGCGCGCUGCCGGGCAGCAUGGCUCGCCUGCGUGCCCCGGGGGCGCUGCUCGUGGCCUGCCUGGCGGCGGGGUGCCGGGCCGCGAACGAGACGGUGGGCUGCAACAUGGGCGCGUGCUACUUCAAGAGCGGCGUGGCCUCUUCCAGCCGAACACCGAGAUGCUGGGCACCACGAGCGAGCCGUCCAUGGAGGCUUGCCAGGCCCGGUGUGCCAGUACCAUCGACUGCAUGACCUUCACGUUCACGCUGGUGCCGGGCAAGCUGCCGAAGGUCGCCGGCGACUGCAGGCUGCAGAGCGCCAUGUCCUGGCACAGCAACGCCAGUCUGCCCGUGCUCUCUGGGCCAGCGAGGUUCCAGUCCUGCUGCACCGAGACCCCGCUGCUCGUGGACGCGAUGUUCACGUUCGGCGCCCCCGCCAUCAGCUUCCCCGCGGCGUCGAACCCGGGGGGCCGAUGCAUCCCCGGCGUGCGGAUGUACACGGAGAACGACAGGUUGCCGGGGGGGGGCUACGGCUGGCAGGAGGAUGCCGCCGCUAUGCACACUCGCUACCCGCAUGCGAAGACUCCCGUGUUUGUUCUGCGGGACGCGAACAAGAGCACGUCGCAGUAUUACGAGUGCUAUCAUACCCCGAUGUCGACGGACCAGCUUGUGGAGCGUAUGCCUCUGAUGAAGGGGGCCAUGUAUCACGAGUGGAGGCUUCAUGGUAUCACUGACGUCUACGCCAAGCGCCUCGCCGGCAUGUCGCUUCCAAACACCAGCAGGCUCUCGAAAGAAAAGUUAGACAAAUACAUCCAGAUUGGACUGAAUCUGACCGACAUGGCAGAUAAGACAUAUACACAGAAUUUGUCGGCCGCGCGUGAAGCCGUCCGUCGGGAUCUCCCUGGAUGGAAGCUCGUCGGAUACGCGAGUGUGAUGGGGAAAGCUGGGGAUCAGGAUGACGUUCUCCUUCUCCAAGACGAGGAAAGUGGAGAUUGCACUAUCAGCUUUGAGGGUUCUUUUGGCAUGCCUGAUUUAGGAUCGUUUGCUUCUGAUUAUGGUACAGGGUACUGCGGAUUCGAUGACGUGCACGUAGGCGUGCGAAACGAACUUUGGUACAUAACGGCCAAGCCAGGAAAGCCAAGUUGGGCGUCUGGUAUCAAGUCCAAGCUUCCAAAGUGCAGAAAGGUUAUAUGUGUCGGUCACUCUUUAGGAGGAGCUCUAUGUGAGCUCUUCACGCUCUGUGCAAACAGUAACCGAUUUGGAGACCCAGAUUUCAACAAGCUUGCGUGGAAGAAGGUGGAGCCCCAGCUGAUGCCCGAGGUGGACGAUUAUACAGAAAGGAUCGCCCGCCUUUGGAGCGUUGAGCGUGGCGAACCUGUUGCUCACAUCGCAUUACCUUACUGGGGAAUUGCUGCCCUUGCAUUGUCAAUGAUGUUGGCGAUGAUGCUUCCACGGACCCUGCACGCACGAACAGGUGACAAAGAGAUAAGCAUAAUUCAGGCUAAUGCAGGCUCCAGUGGCGCCAGCGAAGCUGACAGCACCGACGUAGAGGGGCAAUCGUAGGUAGAUCGACGCUAGACGAGCCACCAUGCAAAACAUACGAUCAGAAUCAUCAGGGCGUGGCUGUUGCCUCACAGAGUGCUAGCCUUCGUCGUAAGCCGACGCCGCGUCCGGCUCGUGCAUCGUCCGCCUAUCCGGCGAGGUCGUCCCUCCUCCUGUCGCAAAUCAUUACGACCGCCCUCCG